GGUCGCAUCGCAUCUCCUUAAUAUAUAUAACUGAACUCAUUGGCAAUCACGCCAUUCAUCUUCAUAUUGGUUUUCUUCCUGACCGGUUCUCUGUUUCGUCGAUCCGUGAUUUGGUGAUUUUUGCGAUUGAUUUGUUGUUUUUGAGGUUCCUUCAGAUCGUGGAUUGAAUUGAGUUUUGAUUUGGCGAGUUUUGUUGAAUCGGACGCAGUUUUGAUCUGAAUUGAAUUGAAUUGAGUGUUGAGAGUGAGGUUUUUGGGAGGGAGGGCGGCGAGUGAUUUGGGAUAUGAUGAGGUUGCCGAUGGUGGAUUGCCGGAGCUUGAUUGAGUUCUGCAAGGCGUUUGAGCAGCACAAGAACAAGGCCGAUUUGUUAGGGCAGUCGGAUCAUCAUAUCCAGUCUCGUGGAAAGAAGCGUAUCGAUUCUCUGAACCCACUCGCCCAUCCGUUUUGCCAUCACUCUCCUUUUGCGGCAAUCGACAUCGUUAUCUUGCUGCUGGCGCUCGUUGCCCUCGCUGUUUUGACUGCUCCGUAUCUCAAAAUCAUUUUUCGGGAAGUUUGGGAGAUUCUGCCCACGGUAGUUGCUGUCGUUGGAGAUGUGAUUGGUGAUGCGCCUGUGGCGUAUGUGUUGGGGAUGGUGAUCACGUUUGCAACUGCGAUUGCGGUGUGGGAGAUUGUUAGUCUCAAAGCGAGAAAGUGCGGGAAUCCUUACUGCAAAGGUCUGCGCAAGGCUGUGGAGUUUGACAUUCAGCUUGAGUCGGAAGAGUGUGUGAAAUACUUGCCGCCAGUCCCGAAAAAUGCGUAUGGAUUACAGCCGUUGGAACUGGGGGAAGAUCACAAGGAGCUGGAAGCAGAGUUGAAAAGGAUGGCCCCGCUAAAUGGUCGAACUGUUCUCAUCUUUAGAGCUCCCUGUGGAUGCCCAGCAGGUAGAAUGGAGGUUUGGGGGCCUAAGAGAAUCCGUAGAAUCAAGAAAUAGGCAAAGAGUUUUUUCAAUAGUUAAAUGCUUUCACCUUUUAGUCAUAUGAAUAAAUGAUCAGUUUUGAGAUUGUUCAAGACUAAUUCUGCUGAUAUGGAAUAAGUGACGUCCAUUUUGGUCUAGUAGCAGUCACAUUUAUCGGGCAAUCUUAAUUCAGUUAACUUUUUUAUGUGGUAUGGUUAGAUUUAAUGGAGAACCCAGCUCACCUUCUUCUUGAUA